AUGACGCGGACCGUCAGCAUCCAGGCAGAGGACGGGGUGCUGGUGAGAGGCAGUCCGGCUGGAGGGAGCACACUCCCAGAGGAUGACAUGCGUCGGACUGUCUGUUUACCCAGAGUGAGAUUCAGUGGAUGGGCUUUUGGGUCUGAACAGGUGAACCAAGCCAAGGUGUGUUUUCUGAGAUGGAGCAGUGAAGACAGAGACAUGAUGCCUCAUCAGGCCAUGGCGAAGCCCCGGAGACAGGCUUUGCGAGGACCUGGUUACAUGUUUUGCGGGCACUCGUCCAGCCUCUCGGUGACAGAAGAGCUUUUCCUAGAGGCUGCAGAGUAUGGUAAUAUUCCUGAAGUUAGGCGGAUGCUAGAGGAACUGCCGGAUCUCAACAUCAACUGUGUUAACUACAUGGGCCAGAGUGCCCUGCAGCUUGCUGUUGCCAACGAGCACCUCGACGUGACUAAGCUCCUACUCAGGAAGAAAGACCUUGCUAGGAUAGGAGAUGCUUUGCUGUUAGGCAUCAGCAAAGGCUACAUCCGUAUAGUGGAGGCAAUCCUGGGCCACGAGGCCUUCACAGACAGUCAGAGGCUUACAAACAGUCCCGGCCAGGCCGAGACACACGACGACUUCUUUGCCAACGACGAGGACGGCACACGCUUCUCUCAUGACAUCACUCCCAUUAUCUUGGCUUCUCACUGCCAAGAGUACGAGAUAGUGCGCAUACUCCUGAUGAAGGGGGCCCGUAUAGAGCGGCCCCAUGACUACUUCUGCCAGUGCACCACCUGCAGCGAGCAGCAGAGGCUUGACUCUUUCAGCCAUUCACAGUCUCGCAUCAAUGCGUACAAAGGGCUGGCCAGUCCAGCUUAUCUCUCCCUCUCGAAUGAGGACCCGGUGAUGGCGGCUCUGGAACUCAGCAACGAGCUUGCUGUUCUGGCCAACAUUGAGAAGGAGUUCAAGAAUGAUUACAAGAAGCUGUCCAUGCAGUGCAAAGACUUCGUGGUGGGACUGCUGGACUUGUGUCGAAACACAGAGGAGGUGAACGCCAUCUUGAACGGGGACACAGAGUUGUGUAAAAACUCUGAAGCCUCCAGCAGACAAAGCCUGAUUAGGUUAAAACUUGCAAUAAAGUAUGAAGUUAAAAAGUUUGUGGCACAUCCAAACUGCCAGCAGCAGCUCCUCUCCAUCUGGUACGAGAACCUGUCUGGACUCCGGCAGCAAACCACAGCAGUCAAGAUCCUGCUCGCCCUCGGAGUGGCGGUCGGGCUGCCUAUCCUGGCUUUUACGUACUGGAUAGCUCCUUCGAGUAAGUUAGGGAAACUUAUGCAUGGACCUUUCCUGAAGUUUGUGGCCCACGCAGCUUCCUUUAUGAUAUUUCUUUGCCUACUCGUCCUGAAUGCAGCAGACCGCUUUGAGGGAACGUCACUGCUGCCUAACAUGACUGCACACGAUCACCCCUCACAGCUAUUUCGAAUGAAGACCACCCCCUUCACCUGGAUGGAGAUUCUCAUCAUAUCCUGGAUCAUAGGGAAGAUCUGGGCAGAAUGUAAAGACAUUUGGAUUCAGGAUAUACGGGAAUAUGUCUCCGAGCCAUGGAACCUGCUCGACUUUGGCAUUCUUGCCAUUUUCGUGACCUCUUUCAUUGCCAGGCUAAUGGCUUUCUGGCAUGCCUAUACUGCCCAGUGUUACGUUGACAAGCACUACGCCCAACUAUCCAACAUGACCUUGCCUUCUGAGAUACAGUAUUUCCAGUUAGCUCGAAUCGACUGGAUGCCCUCAGACCCGCAGCUCAUAUCCGAAGGCCUCUAUGCCAUCGCCGUGGUGCUGAGCUUCUCUCGCAUCGCGUACAUCCUGCCUGCCAACGAGAGCUUCGGGCCUUUGCAGAUCUCCUUAGGAAGGACGGUGAAAGACAUCUUUAAAUUCCUGGUCAUUUUCAUAACUGUGUUUGUGGCCUUCAUGAUCGGAAUGUUCAAUCUGUACUCAUACUACCUCGGAGCCAAGCAGAACGAUGCCUUUACAACGGUCGAAGAGAGUUUUAAAACAUUAUUUUGGGCCAUUUUCGGGCUGUCAGAGGUGAGGUCAGUGGUCCUUAACACCGACCACAAGUUCAUCGAGAACACGGGCUACAUUCUGUACGGCGUCUACAACAUCAUCAUGGUGAUUGUCCUGCUGAAUAUGCUUAUCGCCAUGUUCAACAGCUCCUUCCAAGAAAUUGAGGAUGAUGCCGAUGUGGAGUGGAAGUUUGCCAGAGCUAAACUCUGGUUCUCUUAUUUUGAGCAUGAUGGCACGCUGCCUGUGCCCUUCAACCUCAUACCCAGCCCGCGGUCUGUCAUUAGUCUGUUGCUGGGAAUCUGGGAAAUUCUCUGCAAGCUGCCUCGAAGCAGACACAAAGAAAGCCCAGUCGAUGACAUGGAGCUUAAUAAGUUGAGACCGCCGGAAGAUCUGACUGCUGGAGCGCCGUCUUGUCCGACUCAUCACCAGAAGAUAAUGAAUCGCCUCAUCAAAAGAUACAUCUUAAAAGCACAGAGGGAUAAAGACAAUGACGAAGUGAAUGAAGGUGAGCUGAAGGAGAUCAAACAGGACAUCUCCAGUUUACGUUACGAGCUCCUUGAAAGGAAAAGGCACAACAUGGAUACUCUGGAGGAGCUCAUCGGGCGACUGAGAGAAGUCGUGCAUGUUCAGCAGAAACUGAGCUGGGAGGGGAAUCAGAAUGAGGCGUUGCAGCAAGCACACAAAGUUCAUUAACAGAAACAAAAAAUAAAUAAUAAAUAAAUCUUUAUCCUUCACAAAAAUAUGUAUAUGUUAGAGAUGCACUUAAACACACUGGACACACCUUGUAUCUUUUGUCAUUCAUUUGGCCAGGGUGAAAGACCUAACAUGUAAUACACACCCCUGGACAAAAAGGUGGACCUGCUCUUCAUAAAAUGAUU